GUGUAUCUCAUGUUGAUGGUUGAGUAGAUCGGAUGGUGAUGUCUUACCAAAAUAAUUAUCUGCCUAUUUAUACUUCUUAGGCCUAAGUUGAGCAUAUGUUUGGUCUAAAUUUAAACAAUGGAAGACCAACAUUGCCUAUUUGAGAGUCUUGUUCAAAUAACUCUCAAAUAGAGUAAAACAUUUGAUAGUCUAUUUAUGUUUUUUUAAAAAGAAAGGUUAAUAGUUUUACUUUUCACAUAAAUUUGAUUUGUUAGAAACAUUUAAAGAAAUAUUUGGGGAAAUCCGCAUAUUUCGGCGUAACAGUGAAAAUGGGAGCAGGCCUACGGGUAGUUUACUUUGCAUUGUGUGAUCAUUCUUUGACGUUAUUUUACGCGAAACCUACUAAAUAAAUAGGCACUGUGCUGCCAUUGUUUAAAUUUAGUUCAAGUAGGCAAGCAAGUUAGGCCUAAGAACUAUAAAUAGGCAGAUAAUUACUUCGACAAAGCAUCACCAUUCGAUCUACUAAGGCAUUAACAUGAGAUACACUUGCGUUCUUCUCCUCCUGGCUGCGAUAGGCUGUGUCCUGCUUAGAGAAUCGUCAGCAGCAACAAGCUCGACUUCCACCUCCUCUACCACAACUACUACGACCACAACGUCUAGUUCGGCAACGACUACAACAACGACUGACUCAUCGGACACAACAACCACCACUGAGGCCAGCUCAUCCACUUCCUCAUCUGGCUCCUCGUCUGGCAAGAAGAAGCACGUAAUUCACUUCAAGCGUCACCGCAAACAUCCUAAGAAGAACAAGAAGAGCAAGAAGGAUAAGAAACACAAGAAGAUUGUCAAACACCACAAGCGGAGCUAAGUAAUCAAAAUGAUGACAGAGCUUUAAACGAACUUGAUUAUUAGAACGACUUUCCGACUAUCCACUAAGAAUGUUAUACAUGAUUAUUUAGUUAGUAUCUAAGCAUCACUUUGUUACACCUUUUUGAUAGAAUUAA